CAAAUCUCAAAAGCUUCUCCAUCUUCUUCUUCUUCUUCUUCACUGCAAAAACCUCUGCAAAUCGCUUCGUCUUUCUCGCCUCUCAAAUGGGUGUCUCCUUCAACCCAUCUUCCUCUCUCCCCCAAACCCCCUCUAAAAAGCACAAAACUUUACUUGUUUCAAGCUACAUACUCCUCGCAGCCGCAUCCAGUUUCAUCUUCCUCACCCUAUCCCUCCGCCUAUUCCCGUCUCUCUGCGGCUUCUUCCUCAUCCUCCUCCACGUCCUCACUAUCUGCGUGGCGGUCUUCUCCUGCCACGUCGCCUCCACCGCCUCCAACCGGUGGUAUGCAGCCCACAUGGUGGUCACUGUGGUGACCGCCAUCUUUGAAGGCUCAAUCUCUGUGCUCAUCUUCACCAACACCGCAGGCUUUCUCGGCUACUUGAAGUCCUACGUGAGGGAGGAAGAUGGGGUUGUUAUUCUGAAACUUGCUGGUGCCUUGACUGUGUUGAUCUUUUGCUUGGAAUGGGUGGUGUUGACACUGGCUUUUCUGUUGAGGUACAAGGAGUUUGUUGCUGGAAGCAAUGGAAGCAGAAUUCAGGAAGAGCAAUCCAAGGAUUGGCCUAGACCUUUCCAAGUUUAUGCUUCUAAUUACGCCUGAUCGGUCACCUCGUCUUGUAUCAUAAAAGCACGUGUUAAGAGAUAUCGAGAUCGAGGUUGUGAUCUUGCAAAAGAUCUGGGGUUCUAGUUUUGUUUGAUUGUUGGUAAAUUAUGUGUUUUUUGAUGAUUCAAUUUGGCUAUGGUUUGUAGUCUAUAUGUUAAUGUUAUAUUCUUUCUAUUAAUGAAUUUAUAUUCUUUUUCAUCA